CGUGAUCCAACAUGGUCCAGUACGGCGGUGACGAGGUCUCUGCUGUAGUCCUUGACAUCGGCUCGUCCUCUCUUCGCGCCGGAUACGCCGGGGACGACGCACCGAAGGCCAUCAUACCGACUAGCUAUGGGUACCUCCCCACGACCACAGACCACGAUGUCGAAAUGUCUAACGGAGAUGGAGCCGCCUCCGCCCCUGACCCUACCUUCUCCAAGAUCUUUGUCGGACAGCUCGGCCCGUCUGUCUGGCGCCCGGGGAUGGAGGUCGGAAACCCCCUUGUAGAUGGAUUGAUCAAGGAUUUCAACCCCAUCCCUCAUCUCAUCUCGCACGCAUUCAAGGAUGUCAUGCGGUGCGACAUUGCGGAGCACCCCGUCCUUGUCACCGAACCCGCAUGGAACACGCAGGAGAAUCGGGAGCGCAUGGCCGAGAUCAUAUUCGAGGAGUUCUCCGCGCCCGCAUUCUACAUUGCCAACACUGGCGUGCUCAACGCGUUCGCCGCCGGCAAGGGAUCCGCGCUUGUCGUCGAUGUGGGCAAGUCUCAAGCGAGCGUGACGCCUGUGGUGGACGGCUUCGUGCUCCGUAAAGGCAUGCAACAUUCUGCACUACCCCAGCUGGUCCAUGCGCAUGCGAAGCACAUCCUCAUCUCCGACAUACCCAAUGGACGGCCGCCCAUACAGCUCUUCCCUCACCAGUUGAUUUUGAACAAGCAGCCCGUAGAACCUGGAAAUGCGCCACGCUUCACCCUUCGUGAGGACAGAGUAGCCCAAACAACGAGUAGUUGGAAGGCUUGGUACGAAGCCCGCGAGGUCGAGGAAUGGAUCCAGAGCGUGGCCGGAUGCAUGGACCAAGGAUGGAAUGAUCAUGCCGCCGCCGCUCGUCCACCGAGGCAAUACGAGUUCCCGACCGGCUUCAGCACGUACUUCGGCGCUGAACGGUUCACCGUUGGCGAAAUGUUCUUCAGGCACUCUCCUCAAUUGGCGGCCCAGAACCCUAAUCUUCCAAAGACGAUACCGGCACUCGUGAGCUCAUCUCUCGCCAACUGCGAUCCGGACAUGCGCCAGAUCCUGCUCGCCAACGUCGUCGUCACCGGUGGAGGCAGUUUGUUUGCCGGGUUCAACGAGCGGCUCACGAACGAGCUGACCACCCACUUUGCCAACGUCAAAAUUCAUGCACCGGGAAACCCCAUUGAGCGCCGCUACGGCGGGUGGCUCGGCGGGAGCAUCCUCGCGAGCUUGGGGACCUUCCACCAGCUCUGGAUCAGCAAAGAGGAGUGGCAGGAACACGGGAGGCCCAUCGUUGGGCAACGAUGCAAAUAAAUCCCUAUACCUUGAUUUUUUUUGUGUCCAUAUGUACCCCGCCGCUGCUUGAAUCUCACUU